GAGGAGGACAAAGGCUCCCGCCAGAGUGGAAUCUAAAGCGACGUGAUGACGUACGGACGUACGUGCGUCGUCUCUUGGCGCCGGGCAGAUGCAGUCGGAGAGCUCUGCAGCGCCCAGCGUCCUGCUGGUCGAGGCGUUCUAUGGCGGCUCUCACAAACAGCUGAUCGACCUGCUGCAGGAGAACAUCAGCUGCUCCGUCUGCACGCUGCCCGCCAAGAAGUGGCACUGGAGGGCGAGAACGGCAGCGCUGCACUUCAGCCAGACCAUCCCCACCUGUCCGUCACACAGAGUCCUGUUCUGCAGCUCCGUCCUGAACCUCUGUGAACUGGUGGCUCUCAGACCAGAUCUGGCCCGUCUGAAGAAGGUUCUGUACUUCCACGAGAACCAGCUGGUUUAUCCGGUCCGCAAAGACCAGGAGAGAGACUUCCAGUACGGAUACAAUCAGAUCCUGUCAUGUCUGGUGUCGGACGUGGUGGUGUUUAACUCCGCCUUCAACAUGGACUCCUUCCUGUCCUCCAUCUCCCCCUUCAUGAAGAAGAUCCCAGACCACAGACCCAGAGACCUGGACCAGCUGAUCCGGCCUAAAUGUGUGGUCCUGUACUACCCGGUCCAGUUCCCUGAUGUCAGCAGGCUGCUGCCCGAACACAAACUCAUCUGCAGGUCUCAUGUGGAUGACAUCAUCACACCACAAGACGAGCAGGAGGCACCACGUCUGUUGUCGAGUCCUGAUGAGAGUCUGACUGUCAGCUGUGAGCAGCAGGAUCCACAUCAGACCACUACGGCUGAACCCAGAACAGACCCGAGACCAGUUAGUGAGGGGGACCCUGAAGACCAGAGGAGACCUCUGCACAUCGUCUGGCCUCACAGGUGGGAACAUGAUAAGGACCCGGAGCUCUUCUUCUCCACUCUGAUCAAACUGAAGGAGCGACGACUCGACUUUCACCUGUCGGUGCUCGGAGAGACAUUCACUGACCCUCCAGAGAUCUUUCCGGAGGCCCGUCGUCUGUUGGACCGUCACAUCCUGAACUGGGGCUUCCUGCCCAGUAAAGACGAUUACCUGAAGGUGCUGUGUGAGGCCGACGUGGUCGUCUCCACCGCCAGACACGAGUUCUUCGGCGUGGCCAUGUUGGAAGCUGUCCACUGCGGCUGUUACCCUCUGUGUCCCAAGGCUUUAGUGUAUCCUGAAAUCUUCCCAGCAGAGUACCUGUACUCCACACCUGAGCAGCUCUGUAAGCGGCUACAGUCACUCUGCAGGAGGCCCGACGUCGCCCGCAGGCAUGUCGUCAAGGUCGACACCUCCUCCUUCUCCUGGUCGUCUCUUAAGGAGCGUUAUGAGACCCUGCUGGCAGCGCAGCGUCCCUGAAUGCACCGCGGAGGCUUCAGUCUAUUAGCGGCGGCUGGUUCCGAGGCCGUCGGAGCGUCUGCCAGGCCGUCAUCAUGCCUGACUCGACGCCACGUCCCGCAGAACGCAGCGGUGACUUCCAGCCCGACUCAGGCACCUCCGAGCCCCAAAUCAAAGGCAGGCUGGCGGGCUGGAGACGCCGAGUCUGGACCUGUAAACGUCCCCGUGCUCUCGGGCUGGAGCAGAACUUUCUUUUAUGUGUGUGGUUUGGGUGGAGGAGGGGGGUUAACGUGUAAAAGCUUUCAUGUUUCCACAGGCGGUGCCACCUCAUAUAUCCGGCUGGAUCCAUUUUUAUCCUUUGUGCUGUUGAGGUUCUGUUGUUCACCGCAGCGACUGAGCGGCAGCCAGGCUGUGGUUUCAGUCUGCAGCUCCACCUGAGCUGCCAGGUCCAGGACCGAGACGAAACCAGAAUAAAGUGGAUCUGCAGACGCUCGUACCCACUGAGGCGACAUCAGGCGCCGCAGAACUCUGUGACAACGUUUAUUUCAUACCGACGAGUCAGAUUUAAUAAAAGCCAGUUUAUGUGGAACGACUGGAAACAGUUUGA